GUAGGCAAGUAGGCCAUGGCUCUUGAUAUUUUCAAGCAAAAUCUAUAAAAUCCAUUAUUUAAUUCCUUUUCUUCUUCUUCUUCUUUUUUUCUGUUCAUACCAAAUUUCACCUCUUUUGAGGAAAAACCACAGCCUUUUUCAUUUCAAUUUUGAUGCAAUUCAACUCUCUCUUCAUGUAAUCCGACUUCACAACAAGCUCCUCCAAUGGCCAACCAGUCUUCCUCCAAUCUAGUCCUAUGCGCUUCUUUCAAUCAGGACGCCAGUUGCUUUGUUAUUGGAACUAGAGAUGGCAUCAAGAUAUAUGAUUCGAAUACUGGACGGCUUUUCUUCGAACGAGCUAUUGGAGCUUUUACUAUUGCCGAAAUGCUGUUUACCUCUAGUCUACUUGCCAUUGUUGGAGCUGGUGAACAGCCAUCUUUAUCUCCCCGUCGUCUAUGUUUAUUCAAUACGAUGACUGGAACUGCCCUCCGAGAAUUGAAUUUCUUAACAUCAAUUCUAGCUGUUCGCAUGAAUAAGAAAAGGCUUGUUGUCGUUCUGCAAGAGAAGACUUAUGUAUACGACAUUAAUAGUCUAGCAAUCUUGGACACCAUUGACACAGUUCCGAAUUUAAAAGGACUGUGUGCGUUCUCCCCUAAUUUGGAUGCUUGCUUUGUGGCACUUCCUGCUAGCACUACCAAAGGAGCUGUGUUGUUGUACAAUGCUAUGGAUCUGCUGUCUCAUUGUGAGAUAGAUGCUCAUCGUUCUCCGCUGGCUGCGAUGACCCUUUCUUCCAAUGGGAUGUACAUAGCAACAGCAUCUGAGCAGGGAACCAUAAUCAGAGUUCAUAUGGUUUCUGAAGCAACUAAGUCUUACAGUUUUCGAAGAGGGACAUAUCCAUCAAUUAUAUUUUCCUUGUCAUUUGGACCUUCCGCAGAGCUUCCAGAUAUUCUUGUGGCCACAGGUUCUUCAGGGUCAGUUCAUGCGUUCUCUCUUGGGUUUGCCAUAUGCCAGAGAAGCAGAAGAUCAAGUAUUAUUUUGGGAUCGAUAAUGCCCGACUCUUUUUCUGAUGCGUUGGAUCCAGCUCAUCACGGUGUUCUUCAUAGUGCUGCACCAGCUGGAGUUAAAAGCUAUGCAGUAGUUAGGAAGGUUGAAAAGGUUACCAACUCGUCAACAUCUGAGAUCAUAGCAUGCCGAGCCACCAUUUCUAUGGUUGCAUACAAUGGUUACUUCCAAGAGUACAGCUUAACAAUCAGUAGCCGGGACGAGUAUUCAUGGAGUUUGGAACGUGAAUUUAAUCUUCAAACGGUAAUCUCAGAAAACCCCAUUAGCUCAUGAAAGUUUAGACAUAUCUUCUCUCUAUAAAUAUUGUGACAUAUUUAAUCUGUAAAACUUUCCACUUCUUAGCUGUGUACAUAUGUAGAAUGAAAAGUGGGUUCAAGUAGGGCUCAAUUACCAUUAUACAUAACUUUAUGUUACAUUAUAUAGAUAAUCUCGUUAACUUACAUAGAUGAAAUUGAUACUGAUACUGAGAUUUAUAUGUACUGUCAUCUUGAAUGUACACUGAAUUAUUUAUACCAUUAGUUGUUUUUAAAUUGAUUUA